CCAAAAAAGGAGGUCAUAUUGGGAAUUUGUUUUGAAUUAUAUUAUUGCUACCCGUUAUUAAAGAAACAUGAGCAUGGCUGUUUUACUUCAGGAACUCGGAACGUAGUAGGUAAGAGACAUUGCACCACCUGUCUUGUUUAAAGCAUAACGAUUAUGUGGAGAAUUGUCUGGCGAUGGGCCCAAUGAGCAUGCACGUUUGUGAGCCAUUGCUUAGGCGAGGAAAAAACGUAUGUCCGUGUGUCCGUCUGUGAUCAUAGUGCUGCUGUUGUGAUGUCACCUUCAACAAAGGGGAUGAAGGUGGUAUGUAUUAUAGACAGCUGGGGCCGCGUGAUGCCUCAUGGAGGGGACUCUAAGGUAGCUACUUCCACUCCUGGAACCCUUCAGGAAUCUCGACAGCUGGCUUUGUGUGUGUUACAGAAAGUUUGUCAAAGCUUGGAAGCUGAGCUGGAGAAUGUUCAGUUUGAGAAGCUGGACUUUGGUGAGACGUCCGUGCUAGACCUAUUUUACAAUGCAGAUGUAGUCAUUGUGGACAUGAGCAUUCCGAUCCAGCAGUCAGCGCUGUUUUACCACAUCGGAGUUCGACAGAGCAUGGAGAUGAAGUUCAACAUUGUCCUCCAUUAUGAUGUGGAUCCAGAGCAGUCCCUGGCACUGAGGUUGUCCUGCAGUAACAAUGUCCUGUUUUUCCCGUACCUUGUGGACAGCAACAAGACCUGUGUGGUGGUAGAGAAUUCGACCUUGCCUCAGAACUGCUGUGUUCACCCAGAAAAAGGCCAACAAUCACUUUUCGUACAUCUGAAGAAAAAACUCAGCGAGAUGGAAAAAGAAAACACGGUGCACAUUAAGGAGAGAUUUCUGAACGAUUUACGGAAGGCCAGGGACCAGUACAAAGGAGAAGAACUAGCAAAGGUUUUGGACGCCAUGAGGACACGCUUGGAUGACCCCCAGCUCUUGUGUGUAGAUGUUGUCAUGAAUAUGCUAAUUUCCCUGAGAGAAACACAGAAUUAUGAUGCCAUGGCACAGUUAGUAGAAGACUUGGAGCAGAUUCCUCAAAACAAAAUCACGGGGCAGUUCUGUGUCAUGUAUCUCUACGCCUUCGCUCUGAACAGGAGAAAUCAAAAUGGUGACAGAAGUAAAGCUUUAAAAGUUAUUCUAGAGGCGAUUCGACAGACAGACAACCCUAGUCCUGACAUGCUGUGUUUGUGUGGGCGGAUAUACAAAGAUAUGUACAUAGACUCUGAUUACACUGACCGAUCCAUGCUGGACAAUGCCAUUGAAUGGUAUAGGAAAGGUUUUGACCGACAACCCAAUGAAUAUGCAGGGAUUAACCUUGCCACACUUUUAGUCAUCUCUGGGAAGGACUUUGCCUCCUGUUCUGAACUUCAAAGAAUUGGCCUCGUGCUGAACAACCUGAUUGGGAAGAAGGGCAGCCUUACCUCACUACAGGAUUACUGGGAUGUGGCCACGUUCUUUGAAAUCUCUGUCCUGGCACAGGAUUAUGGGAAGGCCGUCCAGGCGGCAGAUUGUAUGUUCAGAUUAGAACCUCCAAACUGGUACUUGAAAUCUACAGUGGGUAACAUAUCUUUAAUCAUGAGGUUUAAGAAGAAGACAACAAGUUAUUCCAAAGAAUUACAGUUAUUUAAUUUCUGGAUGGAGUUUUUCGCAGAAGCUUGUAAAACUGACUCCAAGGAACUGACCAGUAGUUCAUUUCCUGUGUUGGUGCAGGAGCCUACUAAGGUUUUAAUGCCGAGUUACGUCCAGAUAAAUUGGGAUGAAGAAACAAAAGAAGUGAGACUAUGGCACGUUUAUCCCGAGACGGAGAGCAGCAAAGACCAUGACUGGACGUUCAUUGCUACCUCUAUCAAAGGAGUCAGCCUGUACAGGAGAGACUGUCGUGCUGUAUUUCUGUACGUCCAGGAAAACUCGGAUGAUUUCCACAUCUUUUUUUCCUCGGAGCUCCAAAGAAGGGAAUUUUAUAACAUUGUGUCCAACAUGAUCAAAGAUCAGGUGGACAGUCAGGUAUUUUCGGAGUCACUGGAUGAAUAUGACACCAUCGAGUAUCAGUACGAGUUGGAUGAGAAGAACCAGCGUGUGGUUUUGGGUCGGGGGUCAUUUGGUGUUGUUUAUGCAGCACGUGAUACGAAGACACAAGUCAGGAUAGCGGUGAAGGAGAUUCCAGAGAAAAACACCCAAGAUGUGCAGCCACUUCAUGAGGAAAUCAAACUUCACAGUCGACUGAGUCACAGAAACAUUGUUAAAUAUCUGGGCUCGCUCAGUGAAGACGGGUACUUUAAGAUAUUCAUGGAACAAGUCCCUGGAGGAAGUUUGUCUGCCCUAUUGCUGUCAAAGUGGGGACCCCUAAAAGACAAUGAAACCACCAUAGCUUUCUACACAAAACAGAUAUUGGAAGGACUCAAGUACUUGCAUGACAAUAAAAUCGUUCAUCGUGACAUAAAGGGUGAUAAUGUUCUGGUCAACACGUAUAGUGGUCUGUUAAAAAUCUCGGACUUUGGCACAUCGAAACGGCUGUCUGGAAUCAACCCGUGUGCUGAGACUUUUGCAGGAACCAUUCAGUACAUGGCCCCAGAGGUUAUAGACAAGGGACUCCGCGGAUACGGACCUCCAGCAGAUAUCUGGUCUCUUGGUUGUACUGUCAUAGAAAUGGCAACUGGAAAACUGCCAUUUAUAGAGCUGGGUAGUCCUGAGGCAGCCAUGUUUAAAGUUGGAUUUUACAAGAUGCAUCCAGAAAUCCCAGGCAGUAUGUCAGAAAAUGCAAAAAGCUUCCUCCUCAAGACAUUUGAACCAAAGCCAGAACUACGUAGCAAAGCAGAGGAUUUGCUGAAGCAUCCAUUUAUUAUUGAGACUUUGGCAAAGAAGAAAAAGAAACGUGUGAAUGAAAGUGGGGAAUAUUUUCGAAGUAUUUCUAUGCCUGCUGGACAGGAAAGUCAUAUUCAACUCAAAAACACCAUACAGCUGCAAUUACCAAAGAAGAAAAGAGAGCCACGGUCACCGUCGUCCAGUAUCGGCAGUAAUGACACAAUGGACAUGGAUGAAUAUGAUGCCACAGAGGAGAAAGAACGAGAAAGUGAGCUUAAAUACCAUAGAUCCCGUAGUGUCCACACUGGAUUUCUGGCCAUGGACCGGGCAGACAGGAAAUUAGAUCUAGGAUUCCGUAAACGUGCAGGGUCGGACAGCAAAUUCCUGGAGCGUGGGAGGUCACCGUCACCUUUAACUCGAUCCCUCUCGCCCAUGGUCCUGGAGGGGCUCUCAUACAGUUCGGACGCCGGGAGCUCGGGGCUGUCUGGGAGCUCCAGCAUGAUGAAUUUAUCACCAGACAUCGGGGAGAUGGAUCACAACUCCCAUGAUUCUUCAGGACAUGGCGGAUUUUAUCUCCUGAGGAAGGAUUCGGAGCGACGGAUCACACUGGUCCACAUCUUAACAAAGGACAUGGAACAGAUCUGUGAUACAUGGCUGAAUUUCCUCCAUAAGGAUGCUACAAUCUCCAAUCCCAAACUCUCCGUGGAACACUUGAGAUGGUUGCUCGUCUGUUUAAAGAACUAUAUUUCAGACCCGAACUGUAAGCACUGCAUCAAGGAAACACUAGAACAACUCCGUCAAGCCAUGGAUUUUGAUGCAGCAGCGAUGAUGGAAAUACAACUAGCUCUUUAUGUAUUCCACGAAGCUGUCAGUAAGCAUUUGAAGAGUCACAGCAUUCAGCCUCACUGGAUGUUUGCCCUGGACAAUUUACUUCGGGGGGCUGUGACAGAAGCCAUCAUGAUUUUAUCUCCUGAUCUUGGAGCUAAUAUUGCUGGAGGAAAGGAAGAGGAAGUAGAAACGUCUGGAGUUCCGUCCACAAACUCGGGUAAAUCAGCAGCACUGUACCGGAGUUCUGCUGUCAAUGAAUUACAGCACCAACUAGAGAGUAUACAGGACGAAAACAUGCAGUUGCUACAACAACUGGUGGAUGUUAACAGAAUUUAUGGUGAUGUUCUGCGCAAGACCAUCGAGGAAAAGAAAACUCACUUAGAAAAUAUGCAAGCGCUGACCUCAAUAAACAGUGUAUCGUCUGUCACUGCCAACAGUAUCAGAGGCAGAGUUCCGUCCAUUCAUGAGCCACCUGAUGAGGCCUUGGUCAUAUGGCUACGUGACAGGAAGUUUGACGAGGACAUCAUUGAUACGAUAACACGGGAGCAGUUUGUGUUGAAUGAUCUCCUGGAGAUAGUGCGCUAUGAAGACUUACAAAGACUAGGACUCAGGGGUGGUGUUUUGUGCCGAUUGUGGCGGGUGAUACAAAGUCACAGGAAAGACCAUGGCCUGGAAAAAAGGUCAUCAGACAGGUAACAGGUCAAAGGUCACCAGACCAGGAGGUCACCGAUGAAGACACAAAUCCUGCCCAACAGACAGGUGUUGUUUCGUCAGUCCUUUCACUCAAGUGUGUCUCCCACAAUUCCAUUGUACAGGAUGUGACAUACAAUGGUCAGACAUUGUAACUCAAAGGAGGAUAUGUGAUAGCAGGCUUCUGGUCAUGUUGAGACAUCUCACAGAGAGAUAUGUGUCACAUGACAGUCACAUGACCCAUUAUCUGCCUUGUCACAGUUUACUGCCCAUGGGCUUGUGUUAUACGACUGUGUUUACAGAUAUAUAUGGAAGUUUAGAGCAUUUCAUAUUCCACCUUGUAUCCCCAUUGUUGUUUGAAACUUUUCAUUCACUACUUUCACAUUAUCCCCAAGAUGUCUGUUGUCUGUGAUGUUACUGUGAUGUUUAAGUGAUUGAGAAAGCAUUUUGAUUCUGUGAUCGGGAUGAUGUGAAUAAAUGGAUCUUGUUGAACGUGAGUGACAUAUCAUAAGAAAACAGUGUUCAGUAUAUCAAUGAUGAAGGAGAUGAUGAUAUCAAAUGUGAUAAUCAGUAUUAUCAGACUGUCAGUUAGUAUUGAAUGCACUUGUCUUAGCUUUACACAUUCAGGGUUCAAAGGAACAUAUAGUUUUACUGACAUUGGAGGGGCAUUUCAGAGUUUGUUUUACAAAGUUUUUAAUCAUCAAUCCCAUAAUUUACACCCAGAAAAUUAAACCGUUUAGUGAUUUUUUUUUAGAACUGAUAUGGGGUGUUUUCGAUUGCUUCAGUUUAUGUUGAUCAUAUCUAUCGGUUUUAAAGCUUUUUUAUCCUCGCUUUUAUAUCUGACUGUUAUGAUGUGAAGUUUUUAUUGAUAUUUUAUGAAUGGUUAUAUAAUUUUGUGAGAUUUUUAUUAGGGUUUUUGCUCUGUUUUUGUGUCAGUUGCAUAGCUUGAUUGACACACAUGUAUAUUUCUGUCUGUGUUGUAACACUGAUCAGGCCGGCUGUCCGGAAUUAAAUAUGAACAAUAAUUCGUCUGAUUUGCAUUGUCCCAUCUUGUAAUCAAGGAGAUGUCGACUACAUGGAAAUGUUGAGUAAAGGUAUCAAAGACACUUUAACAAUGUUUACACAAAUUUUGAUUGAAAUAGAAUGUAAAUGUGGUUUGGGAAUCCCUACCAGUUCCUGAUACUUAUGUCAAUAUAUGCAUAGCUGUAAUGGUUUGUGAAUAUGAACUCUGUAUCUAUUAACUGAAGUCAAUAUAUGUCAUUGAAUAACUGUUAAUGACCAAUAACCACCAUAGUUUUGGUCAUUCUGACGUUUGAUACACGCAGUGACAUAUACCGUGUGACCAGCAUGGCUGACCUGUUGUAAUAUUUUGACCAACAUUUUCCACUGUUUUCUGUCUCUGUCAGUGAAAAUAGUUUGUAUUAUAUAUAGGUAUACAUAUAUCAUAAAUGUGCUAGUGCAAUAUCUUUCUAACACCCAUUUGUGAAAAGUUUUUUUUUCCUCUGAUGAAUGUGAUAUUACAAUAUUUUGUAGGAAACUUCGUUUUAAUUCUGAUUCCUCGUUUUCCGUUUAUUUUUUUUUUUACAUUUGAUGAAAUUGAAGAUAUAUUCGCCCUUUUCAACUAUAGCGAUGAUGUCCUUUCUUUUGACCAUGUUUAACCCUAUAUGGAUAUAAAACAUGGUUAGGGUAUUAAAAUGAUAUUUAUAGAACUAUGGAAAUGUAGGGCAGAACAAAGAUUAAAUAUCUUAGCGGUGCUUAUUUAACUUCUUUUUUUUUUCCAAAUGGAGUUAGGUUCCAUUUCACCCAAGCUCCCAAUAGUUAUCGAAGGCAUGUGUUUGGAGUCUGUAAUUAAAGAUUAUUUUUUGUGAAUGUAAUUUCCAAAAUUGUGCAACGAUUCUUAUCCCAUUUAAUUCCCAAAAUCCUAAACUUCUGUAGAAUCCACCUUCCUUCCAAACUAAAAUACAGAUUGAUUUAGUUAAAUUUAAGACCCUUUUCAAUAAAUCAAAUGUUUUUCAGAGUGUGAUAAAAAUGAAGAAUCAGCUGUGUUUUCUUUUUAAGUACAGCGCUAUUAUUGUGUCGCCUGCGUUACGCAGUGGCGACAUAUAGGGAUCACUAUUCAUCGUCUUGCGUCGUCGUCUGGCGUCGUCGUCGUCACAAAAAAAUUUCUGUCACAGUUUUCUCAAGAACCACAUGGGGCAACUCCCUGAUAUUUGGCACAGAGCAUCAGUGUGGCCAACUGUAUUGUGUAAGACAUUUUCGAAUCUGUCGUUUAUGAACUUCCUGUUUGCCGGGACUUAGAAUUUUUUACAGCAAAAAAAUUUCUGUCACAGUUUUCUCAAGAACCACAUGGGGCAACUCCCUGAUAUUUGGCACAGAGCAUCAGUGUGGCCAACUGUAUUGUGUAAGACAUUUUCGAAUCUGUCGCUUAUCAACUUCCUGUUUGCCGGGACUUAGAAUUUUUUACAGCAAAAAAAUUUCUGUCACAGUUUUCUCAAAAACCACAUGGGGCAACUCCCUGAUAUUUGGCACAGAGCAUCAGUGUGGCCAACUGUAUUGUGUAAGACAUUUUCGAAUCUGUUGCUUAUCAACUUCCUGUUUAGUGACAAAAACCAUUUCAAUAAUUUACUUUUUCAACAUUAUACGUGAUAUAUUACAUAUAGAAUGAACUAGCAGGCGACACAUGUCUUCCGGGGAAGACUUAAUACUGCGUGUUAAAUCAUGUAACAGUCAAGUAUUUUCGCCAAUAAACUGUCCCAUUGAACAUUUUUAUUUACAUACAUUUUCAAGCGGUUUCCUAUUGUUCUAGAUACAGUCAACAUCCUCAGAACUAUUACUCUUGUGUAUUGCACGCUGUGAAACAUUUCAUAAAAUAUUGUACAGGUAUCACUAUCGAGUUUUACUUAUAUAUAUAUAUGUGUGUAGACAAUGACACUUGUUCUACAUCACAUAAAGAAACAUAAUUUGCAUUACAUACAGAAAGAAAUACAAUUUACAUUGCCUACAGAAAUAACAAUUUGCAUUGCCUACAGAAACACAAUUUACAUUGCAUACAAUUUACAACACGUACAGAUGUAUAAUUUACAUUACAGCCAGAUGUACAAACUGUUAAAACAUACUCCAGGAUCUAUAUCUAAUCUAGUAAUUCAUUUCCGGAGUAGACUGUACAUGACAACUUUUUAAUAACUAAUUCUAAAAUUAUGUGAGCAAGCUGACUCGAGAGAGAGAGUUGUGGCCAGGGAGACUUCAUCUUUCCUUUCCCGGUGAUUUAGUAGUAGGUAUAAAGAUCAUAGUUUAAUUUAAAAAUGAAUAUUGUUGGUUUGGAAUUAAUCACGGGGGUCAAUGGUCAAUCUGCUGUGCUUGAUGAAUAUGUACUGACUUUAUUGCGUGAUAAGUUAUGGAAGAACUAUGUAAACAGAGGACAUUGUCAAUGCUGUUGAUGUAAAUGUUGAGUGUGAUUGGAAGGUGUAAAGUGUUACUGAUGUGAUAUGUAAUUUUGAUAUUGCUGGUGCAAACUCUGCUCAAACUUACAAUGUCUAAUAAUUAAUCUGUUUAUUAGAAUAGUUAAUGAUAGGUAGGGAUUCGUCGCCAGUUUCAGUGUUUUAGUGAAAGUUUCUUGUAAGCCAUUUCACCAAACCUCCAUAAAGGUGUACUGUUAGAUGAUAUAUGUUUUUAUUUGCCGGAAUAAAAUUAUAUGUGUAAUUAUUUGUCAUUUCAAAGUUAUCUACAACAUUAUGUUGUUUCAGUCCGUUAAUAUGACGGAUCAUUUUAUUAUGUUUGGGAGUGAAGAUAUUGAUUUCUGUUAAUGAUAAGACAGUUUUAAGAUGAUGCAUGCAUUUAUGUAUUUGAACAAAUUAUCUAAACUUUACGAUUUGAUCCCCAUUUUAUGUUUGUUGCUACUUUUGUUUUGUUUAGAGUGGGAUGGGCAGGGAUUAAUCAUGAUAUCAUUGUGCUCGAAAAUGUAAUAAAAUCAAGAAUGAGUUAA